AUGGAUCCCGUCAAGCGAUUCUUCUCCUCUCCACGCUUCGCCGUGGCGGGCGCCAGCAACGACGCCCACAAGUUUGGAUAUAAGCUCCUCGCAUGGUAUCACCAACAUUCACUACCUGUGACUCCCCUCAACCCGAGAGCAGCGCAGAUAUCUCUCCCCUCGCGUGCCUACGAUACAGUGCCCUCGCCAUCCGGACUCCCCUCCCCGACGCAGACUUCGUUGUCCGUGGUGACUCCGCCUCCUGUGACCCUCAAAGUACUACAGGAAGCACACUCCGUCGGUAUCCCUGCUGUCUGGUUGCAACCGGGGACCUUUGAUGAUACGGUGCUGCAAUUUGCCCAUGCCAACUUUGAGGCGGUGAUUGCGGGAGAUGGUGGACAGGGCGGCGAAGGAUGGUGUGUGUUGGUAGAUGGUGACGAGGGACUGGAGGCAGCUGGAGUCCAGUGGACCAGCCAACGACUGUAA